AUGAGUCCAGAGAAUAAUUCACUUUGCAGGGAGGGAACACAUGGGGCAACAGGAGCCAAGCCCACACAACAAAGCCAGCUGACAGAGUUGCAGCUGAACGAGCUGACAGAGUUGGAGCUGAACGAGCUGACAGAGUUGCAGCUGAACGAGCUGACAGAGUUGCAGCUGAACGAGCUGACAGAGUUGGAGCUGAACAAGCUGACAGAGUUGCAGCUGAACGAGCUGACAGAGUUGCAGCUGAACGAGCUGACAGAGUUGCAGCUGAACGAGCUGACAGAGUUGCAGCUGAACGAGCUGACAGAGUUGGAGCUGAACAAGCUGACAGAGUUGCAGCUGAACGAGCUGACAGAGUUGGAGCUGAACGAGCUGACAGAGUUGGAGCUGAACGAGCUGACAGAGUUGGAGCUGAACGAGCUGACAGAGUUGCAGCUGUAG